GUGACACUUAGAUUUAAAUACUUGCACAAUAUCUAAUCGAACAUGUAAUACACAUUUCCCGGAAAUUGUAUAUUGGAUAAGCAAUUAAGAACUACGAUCAGAACGACAGAAUGAUGAAGAUCAAAGGCGGAUCAACCAUUAUUGCAUUCACAACACUUCUUCUGACAUUAUUUUUCCAGGCAUGGUGCCAAGACUAUUUCCAGUACCCCUGCAUUGAUAAGUGCAAGGAAUCAGAGUGCGACUUACAUGGAAAUUGCCUGGAAUGUGCUGACCAAAAUUUCACUGGUGGUACAUGUGAUAGGUGCAUUAAAGGAAAAUAUGGCAGUCAGUGCGACUUAAAUUGCCCUCUAAAUUGUCUAUCUUGUGAUUCUGCAACUAAAUGUAGUUCAUGUAAAAGAGGGUUUAAUGGUAUCACGUGCUCCGUGAAGUUGGAAUGCCCGGAUAAUUGCUACAACGAUAAUUGUUCAAGCUUGAGUAUAUGCGGUUCAUGUAAGAAUGGAUAUUUUGGGGAUUAUUGCAAUGUUUCGUGUUCAGAAAAUUGCAAUAACGGCAUUUGCUCUCAGGAUGGUUCUUGCAUUGAAGGCUGUAAGGAAGGAUUUUAUGGACCAAGAUGUGAACAAAAUACUUGUCCUGUUAAUUGCAAAUGCGAUCAAAACAACAGCUGCAUUGGAUGUAAAGACAAUUAUUUCGGGCCUUCGUGCAGUCUUACAUGUAGUUCGUGUAAAGAUAACCAAUGCCCAGAACAUCGUCUAAUGGCCGAGAAAUGUGAUGCAUGUGAAGAAGAAACAUAUGGUAGUCUUUGUAAUGAAACUUGUCGGCAACAUUGUUUAAAUAAUAGAUGCGACCAAGACAAUGGGUCAUGUGCAUGUGGAAAAGAGUACAAGCUGGAAGUAGGAAAAUGUGUUCCUAGUUCUUGUCCCGCUAAUUGCUCAACAUGUACUUCAUUAGAUAGCUGUGACUCGUGCGUUGAUAGAUAUUAUUAUGGAGAAACUUGUGAACAUAAAUGUACUCAUUGUUCGCCAGGAACAAACUGUAGGAAAAGUGACGGCUACUGUUGGAGUGCAUGUGCUGAUGGUCUUACUGGUGAUAUUUGUGAUAGCCCUUGUUACGCAGGAUGUAAAACAUGUCACAAAACGAAUGCUAAUAUAUGUUCAUCUUGUAAAACUGGAAGGUAUGGCAAAGACGCAUAUAACUUAACAUGCAAUAACCUUUGCAAUACCUGUGUGAACAACUCGUGUACCGCUCAGUAUGGCCAUUGUGACCAAGGUUGUGUGAAUGGAUUUAAAGGGUAUUAUUGUACCGAUACAUGCCCAAGACAUUGUUUGAACGAAACAUGUGAAAGAAACACUGCUGCAUGUGUUCACGGAUGUGAUGACGGAUAUUAUGGCCUUAAGUGUUCAUAUUCAUGUAUGAGAGUGCAAUCGAACUGCCUCGUUUGUUCUUCAAAUGGAAACAAAUUUAGUUCUUGUACACGGUGCACUAAUGGGUCAUACCCAGGAUCUAGCGGGAAGUGCGUUCAAUGUGAACCAAAUUGUUCUGGAGGAUGUAACUCGUCAACAGGUGUAUGCUAUGUAUGUGUAGAUGGAUAUAGGGGAUCGUUCUGUAACGUUUCAUGUACAUCGAAUUGUAAAUCAUGCCUUCAGAACAACGAUGAAUGCAAUGUAUGUAAAGAGGAUUUUUGGGGAAGUGACUGCUUAAACAAUUGCAGCACAAACUGUAAGCACGGAAAUGAUUCAAUAUCCAUAUGUGAUAUAAAUUUUGCGAAUUGCAAACAUGGGUGUCUACCUGAAUCACAUGGACUACAUUGUUCUCUUCUGUGUGACAAGCAUUGCCUCGCUUUUGAAGGUGGGGCUCUUGAAUGCAACCAAAUGAAUGGUCAGUGCACGUUAGGAUGUGAGAAUGGGUACAAACAGACGGAUACAGGAUGUAUUAAUGACAAAAUUGGUGGUUACGGUGCUGGAACGUCUGGAGCAGCAGUUGGUUGCGCUGUUGGUGGUGUUGUCUCCCUUCUCGCAAUUGCCCUUGUCAUCGGGAUGUUCAUCUUCAUGUCGAGAAGACGAAGAAAGGACAUUAACAGUGGCAUAAAAGCAGACGCAAGAGCAGACGAAGAGGCUAGAACAUACGAACAGCUUCAAGGACGGACAGAACAACCCAUUUACCAGAAUGCCAAUGACAAUGACACUGACAAUUAUGCAGUGUUGUUUGCAGAUACAAAUAUUUAAUUCGUUUUCCCUUUUAAAUCAUGUACAUAACAUGGUAUGUGUUCUUGAGAUGUAAUCUAUAAGAGUGUAGAAUGUGAAUGACCUAUAAAUGCUUCUGAUGAAAUAUUAAUAUACAUGUUCAAUACGUAUAACAAGAGUAUUUAAAAUGUCACGAUGAACCUUUAUCAUGAUCAACUAUUGUCACGACUUUAAAACAUCUUUACAUUUCUUACCCUAUGCACAUAUAUCUCCAUGUAUUCAGAAGGUUUCUAUUAUUGGUUAAACAUGCUGUCUGUGGUUUUGUUUGUAAGUUUAUAUAAUUCCUAGAACGGAAAGUUGUAAAUAACGCCGUUGUGGGCAGAGAACUGUCCGAACGAUGACCUGAUAGAUGCCACUAUAUUUAUUCAGCCUAAUGGUUUCUGGCAGAGCCAUAUGAUUUGCCUACGCCGACGAACGCCGAUAAUGUAUGGAUUUUACUGCAACUCGGUCAUGAGUGUCAGGGUAAAGAUAUAGCAAUAGUUCAUGUAGAGAUUAUAUCGUAUGUCUUUUCAAAUAAUCGUCCAUUUAUUAAUUAACUAAUACUUAAAUAAAACACAGAAUAAUUAAUAAGAUAACAUUGUAUUUACCAUGUUAAGUGCACAAAUCUAAUACAAAGAGUUUUAUACGGACUCGUAUAAGGUUUAAAGAACAAGUCCUAUGUUGAGACCAACUAUGUUUUGCUCAUUUGUUACACAGCUCAGGUUGGGUCACGUGUCAGCAGAUAAAGUACACUUUGUUCAAUAACUCUGUUUAAUUGACAUGACUUCCUUAAUAAAUGCAAAAUGUAAAAAGCAAUGUCCAUACUUUACAUAU